AUGGACAAUCAAGACCCCGACCUGACCCCGAGGGUCGUCAGGGUGGCCCACGUGGACUUGAAUGUGACCGACAGUGCUUCCUCGACGAGAUCGUCGCAGAAGAGCCGAAGAUUCAGCCUCAGGUCAUUGUCGGGAUCGUUGUCGUCGAUUUGGAGCCGAGAGAGCACGUCGCGCACUCGCAGCGAUAUCAGCCAAGACCAGGCUUCGCACGGCUGCAGCUCCUUUUCCACCCUCCUCACCACCCACCACGCACUCUCGCACACAGCGCAGCAAGAUCUUCUGGUCAAGAUCGAGAACACGCCGUUGCCUGCUCUUCGCCGCGUUCCUGUCUCCAAACUUCCUCACACUCCAACUCUCACUCAAUCGACGACACACAAAAGAUACAGAUUAGACCGACACUUCAGGGCGUUUCCGAAGCCGUUGUCGUCGCAGAAGGCUCCCACGCCAGUCUGUAGAGACCCUCCAACCUCACACCACAGACCCGGCCCUCUGCAACGGAUCUGUCCAAACAUCAUGGCCAGCACCAGCGUGUCCGUGAGCAGCAACUCCAGCAACGACGAGCCUGCCAAUGGGGGUUCAACCGUCGACAACCACACUGCUGUGAACAGUGAGCGCUUUGGAGUCGAGAGGGUCGCCAACGACGUCUCAAACAAUGGCACAAGUGCCGACAGCGGGUUUCCCGACGGUGACUACGUGAACCGGGUGCUCGGGCCUCUACACCUGAGGCAAACCCAAAUCUCCUCCAACAGAACGAGCCGCAACAGCCUCGAAACGGCGGCAACGUCCUUUGACGAGACCCUGGCCAGCCGUGUGAGGCCGAUUUCGCAGCACCUGGCGCAAAGCCCAAACCCUCUGCGAGCUCCUCGGCCUUCGUUGGAGAGCGAUGGCAGCAGCAUGUUUCCAGGCGUCUCGCUUUCGACAGAAGACAUUCCCCUCCCAGCCAUUGCCGCAGUCAAGAUCGACACUUUCACUACCACAUCGUUUGGCCAGAAGUCAAAUUUCAGUGCAACUGCGCAUGCCAUCUUCAGUGUCACCAUUGUCCCCCAAAAUGCUUCCAUGGCCGAACCUGAAUCAGACGCCGAGUCAGAUCUGUUCCCUUUGCCUCCCUAUCGUCUGCUGGACAACUAUGCUGGACAUUUGACCGACUUGCAAAUGCAGACUUUCAUCUCCGGCCCCGGCACCAAGCUUGUUGAAAUGGGCCCCACCAAACGCGAGACACUACAUCUGGGCGACAACUGGGUCAGUGCCGUGCACUUUGGGGUCAAAGAGACCAGUUUGGCUUCCAGAUUGUCCACUUCUGUCCGAUCCAAGGGAAACCAGAAUCUAGCACAAUGUCAGGAGAAUUCUGCAUCACUUUCCAUCAUCGAACAUUGGCUUGAUGUCCUUAAAAUGGACAAUCGCAAGAAGAAUGAAGCUAUUGUUGUCACAGUUGUCAUCAAAUACCGUCAUACGUUCAUGCCUGCAGACACGUGGCUUGAAACGAGCUCGUCUUCCACAAUCGACAUCUUCGCGUCAGAGGCUGCAAUGAGAGCAGCUCAGAAAGGCAAAUCCAAGGCUCGCAGUUCAGCAGAUAUGGACUUGUCAGACGUUUACAGGACCUACACCGCCGAUCCUUUGCAGCGAACUCUUGUUUGUGGCAUGGUCGUUCGUCUCCUCAAUCCACGCUGUGCCAACCUGAGGCUGUACAGUCUCCGAGCUGACGCUGAGGCAAAUCAUCCCACCAUUCGUGCAGUCGAUGCCUUGAGACUUCUGAGUGAGGUCCGUGAGUGUUUCGGAUCUGGCCAGGAUUACCAUAUCAACCUCGACCUCGGUACUCUGGAAGAGUACUACAAAAACGCUCUCACCAAGGAAUCUCACCCUACCCAAGGCACUACGAUUGCUCGCUCUGUUCGCCGUCACGCACAAACCAUUGUCAAGAAGCUGUCACCACAGAAGCUGGUGAAGAAGUCCUCGGGAGGUGGAAGGGCCGAGACGGAGGGGUCUGUGAUGUAG